CUUACCUCUCUCUUACAUAUCUAUCUCUUCUCUCUCUCUAGCAAACAAAAGUUAGAGAUCUUGCUUACCUCUCUCUCUCUAUUGUGGUUAGCAAACAAAAGUCAACAGAUCUUUGAUGGAGUUCCUAGAGAAGCUCAUAAAGUUCAAGUUCCACAUCAUCUCCGCCUUGGUUCUGUCUCUCCUCACUGUCUCACUUGUCACAUAUUCUCCAGGUUUCCUCACCGUUUUAUCUUACUUCUGGACACUAUUUCUCUCCACCGCUCUCUUCCUCGCCGCAGUUUUCUUCUUUGCUCGGACCUCCGACCUGCCGACAUCCUCUUCCAUCUCCAGCGAUGGCUCUGGCGUGAAGUUAGCGGCUGAGGGGAUUCUUGAUUAUGUCGUUGGCGGACAACAUGAAGAAACUGUUCUUGAUAGCUUCACUAAACUAGACUAGUAUGAGAUCUCUUUGUCUUUUUAAGUAUUUUUCGUUAGAUUAUGAUUAAUAAUAGAGAAUAUUUAUAAAUUGUAAUACUAGUGGUUAACGUUGGAAAAUAAGAAUAAAAUCUUUCUUUAUACUAGUUUUGUGAUUCCUUCAGUGUAUGUAUAUGGUUGCUGCUUUUUAGGCGCGAAGCUUUUUCUGGAUCUCUAGGUUCUAUCACUUGUUUUAUAUACGUUAUAGUACAUUAAUAUGAUUUAUUUUCAAAAUCAAUCGAUU